AUGUUAGGGGAUCCAAGGAUGUCAUCAAAUAUCAAUGCAGAAUACUCAUUGAAGGUAAGGCUUUUUGCAUUAAAAGUACCUGCAACCUGGGAUUGUCAAAAUCAUCUAAUACUUCUAUCAAAGCUGGAAGGAUCUGCUGAUGAUAUAGCUCUUGAAAAUGUGGGCUCAUAUCCUUUCUCAUUUAUCAUCAUCAGGGACUAUAAUUGGCACGGGCUUAAUCUCAAGCCCCUGGAAAUCAACUAUGAUUCCACCGAGCAUAUCUGUUGGCAAAUUAAUCUAAAUAGCAGUCUUGUUUCAAGCUUCUCUGACACGAAUGUAUCGAGUGGGAGGUUCAAGUUCACACUUCAAACUGAUGGAAAUCUGACGCUUUCCACGCUCAAUUAUCCAGCAGUUGAUCAUGUAAUAUCUUCAUAUUGGAAAACCUCGUCAGUUGGCAGUGGUUACCAGGUGAUCUUCAACCAAUCCGGCUAUAUUUUUCUUCAAGCCAAGAAUGGAACUCUGUUAAAUUCGAUAUUUUCCAAUGAGAAAAACUCAGGAACCCAAUCAAUGUAUCAUCGAGCGAUUCUUGAAUAUGAUGGAGUAUUUAGGCACUACGUCUAUCCGAAAACUUCUAGUGGGAUGCAGAUGGAAUGGUCUACUUUGGAUAAAGUUCCUGAUAACAUCUGUCUGGCUAUCGGUCAAGAUAAAGGAGGAGGUGCCUGUGGUUUCAACAGCCUUUGCUCAAUGGGAAUUGACCAGAGGCCAAGAUGUGAUUGUCCACUCGGAUAUAUGUUGAAUGAUCCGAACGACAAAUUAGGCAGCUGCAGACGAAAUUUCUCUGAGCAAGACUGUAACCGUGAAUCGCGAGAAGUUGAGGCUUUCACUUUCCAAGAAAUGAGCGACACUAACUGGCCGCUCUCUGAUUAUGAGUCUUACAAGGAGGUUUCUGAGGAUUGGUGCAGACAAAAUUGUUUGAGUGAUUGUUUUUGUGUUGUUGCCAUUUACAGUGACGAUAACAUUUGUUGGAAGAAAAGGCAUCCACUUUCAAAUGGGAGGAAAGAUCCAAAAGUUGGAGGGAAGGCUUUGAUAAAAAUAAGGAAAGACAACUCCACAAUGGGAUCAUCAACUUGCAAAAAAAGAAAAAAGAAAAAUCAAUCUACUCUAGUAAUUUCUGGUUCUGUGUUGUUGGCCAGUUCAAUUUUCAUGAACUUAAUCGUCCUUCCGUGCGUUUUUAAGUUUAAAGGGAAAAAGCCAAAGAAGAUUGCGGUUGUUCCAGGAGUGAACUUAAGAAGUUUUAGCUUCAAUGAGCUAGAAGAAGCUACAAAUGGAUUCAAGGAAGAAUUAGGAACUGGGGCCUUCUCAACAGUUUACAAAGCGGUUCUUGAGGACGAAAAUGGGAAAGUUGUUGCUGUCAAAAAACUAAACAAAAUGGUAACAGAAGGAGAAGAAGGAUUCGAAGCUGAAGUGAAUUCAAUCAGCAGGACUAAUCACAAGAACUUGGUCCAACUCCUUGGCUUCUGCAACGAAGGCCAACACCGCCUUUUAGUAUAUGAAUACAUGAAAACCGGCUCAAUAGAACACUUGCUAUUCAAAGAUUCCAGGCUUAGCUGGUCCAAAAGGGUACAAGUUGCUAUUGACACUGCCAAAGGACUUUGCUAUUUGCAUGAAGAGUGCAGUACCCAAAUUAUACAUUGUGACAUCAAACCCCAAAAUGUGCUUUUGGAUGAAAGUUUGACAGCAAAAAUAGCAGAUUUUGGUAUGGCCAAGCUUCUGAGAAAAAAUCAGACUCGAACAACCACUAGGAUACGUGGAACGAGAGGGUAUGUAGCCCCAGAGUGGUUCAGAAACGUGCCUAUAAAUGUGAAGGUGGAUGUGUACAGCUUCAGGGUCUUGCUCUUAGAGUUGAUUUGCUGCAGAAAAAAUUAUGAGCAGGAGGUGGAAAAUGAGAAUGAAAUUAUACUAGUGGAGUGGGCUUUUGAUUGCUACAAAAGAAACGAAUUGCAUCUACUUGUGGGUGAUGAUGAAGAGGCAUUAGUAGAUAUCAAGAGGUUUGAGAAGUUCUUGAUGGUUGCUAUUUGGUGUAUUCAAGAAAUUCCAGCAUUAAGGCCUAGCAUGAAUAAAGUCAUAUUAAUGCUUGAAGGUUCUGUUGAAGUAUCAAUUCCUACAGACCCUUUUUCCUCUACCAAUUUUGUAUAGCUCAACCAUGUUUUCCCUUGUACUUCUGUUUGCACCUAAAGAGUAUAGCAAUAACCUGUGUACUCAAUGUACCCAAAAAACAAAAAAAAAACAAAAAACAAAAAACAAAAAAAAAAGAACUGUGUACCCAAAGUCAAUUCCGUAUCUGUAUAUUCUGUGCAAUAUGUUUCUUGAAAUGUAUGAUUUCCAUUUCCUGUCCAGUUUAAUCAUAGAAAAAGAAAUGUAAAAGAUCCAUUGAUCUUUAAGCCAUAACUACUGCAAAGUUAUGCUAUAAAAGACUUCUUCUACA